UCAUUUUCCUUCACCAAUACUUCAAGGCAUAGAGGAGCUGUUAAAGAAAUUGCCAUGAAACCUAACUUGAAGCAAUGGAAACAACUCAUGCUGUUUGGGAUCUUUGCAUGGGGUCUGCUUUUUCUGGUGAUAUUCAUCUAUUUUACAGAUAGCAACGCUGCUGAACCAGUUCCCAGUUCCUUUUCUUACAUUGAAACUAAGAGGCUUCUGCCUCUUCAGGGCAAACAGAGAGUCAUCAUGGGAGCCAUUCAUGAUCCAUCAUUCUCUGAAACCGUCGAUGGGAAUGAGGUACUUCUUAAUGAAGAUCUCUUAGGUACCUUUAAAUCGGGGACUGGAAGUAUUAAGAAAUGGACUGAUUUGGAAGAUGCCUUUAGAAAUGAAGAUGAGUUUUUUCCAUCCCAGAUAGGAAGAAAAUCGAAAAGUGCUUUCUACCAAGUGAACGAUGAUUAUUUAUUUGCUGCUGGUCAGCCUCAGUCCCACAACCAUCUUCAAGAGACAGCGAAAUUCAUCUCAGCCGAUGAGGAUAAUCUGAAAGUAAAUAGUUUACAGAACAACUGGAGCCAUCAAAGGAGAAUGAGGAGAAGGAGCACAAAGCACAGGAGAAGCCAGAUGCUUGAUGAAUCUGAUGACUGGGAUGGGCUGUAUUCCACAAUGUCGAAAUCCUUUCUUUACAAGCUUUGGAAAGGGGAUGUCUCUUCCAAGAUGUUAAACCCUCGACUGCAGAAGGCGAUGAAAGAUUAUUUGAGCACCAAUAAGCAUGGGGUGCGGUUCAAGGGGAAACGAAACUCCAAGUUGACAGGAGACCAGCUAUUCUGUGAGCUAAAAGAAAGGGUGACUGUGAAAACAAUAGAUGGCAAGGAGGCUCCCUUCUCCACUCUUGGAUGGGAAAAGCACGUUCCUCAGAUUCCAUUGGGCAAAUUGUAUACACAUGGUUUUGGGAGCUGUGCUGUAGUUAUGUCUGCUGGUGCGAUACUGAACUCCUCUCUAGGAGAUGAAAUAGAUUCUCAUGAUGCCGUUCUAAGAUUUAAUUCUGCUCCAACACGUGGCUACGAAAAAGAUGUGGGAAAUAAAACAACCAUGCGGAUCAUUAACUCUCAGAUUCUCACCAAUCCAAACCAUCACUUUGUCGACAGCUCCUUGUACAAAGAUGUUAUCUUAGUAGCCUGGGAUCCUGCUCCUUAUUCUGCAAAUCUGAAUGUGUGGUAUAAGAAGCCGGACUACAAUCUGUUCACUCCCUAUGUACAGCAUCGCAGGAAAAACCCAAACCAGCCGUUUUACAUUCUCCAUCCAAAGUUUAUAUGGCAGCUCUGGGACAUCAUUCAGGAGAACACUAAAGAGAAGAUACAGCCCAACCCUCCUUCUUCAGGUUUUAUUGGUAUCCUCAUCAUGAUGUCCAUGUGUAACGAAGUGCAUGUGUACGAAUACAUCCCUUCAGUCCGACAGACCGACCUAUGUCACUACCAUGAACUCUACUAUGAUGCAGCUUGUACCUUAGGGGCAUACCACCCCUUGCUCUACGAGAAGCUAUUGGUGCAGAGGAUGAACAAAGGUUUGCAGGAUGAUCUGUAUCGGAAGGGGAAAGUAAUUUUGCCAGGGUUCAAAGCUGUCAAGUGCCCUGAACGAAAUAAUUUCCCUCAUUUGUAG